CUCACAAGUCACAAUAUCAUUUUUAUUUUUAUUUUAUAUAAAAAAAUGAAAAAAAAAAAGGAAAGAAAGAAAUGAAGAAAGUUAAGUAAUAGUGAAGAAAGAUAUGAUUUUUAUUUCUUUUUUCAUUACACCACAGCCAUUAUUGCUUUAUACCACUAAAGUACCACUUCUACUACUACUACUAAUUCAAGGAAGGAGGAGAGGACUCAUCGUGACCAGGAAGUACCCCACAUUCCUAUUCUUUCUUACGGAAAAGGGUUUUCCUUCAAAUCCCAACUUCUUCAAUCUUCAAUAAUAAUAACCCAAAAACAACACAAACCUCAUCACUCUCUCUCUUACGCGGAAAAGGUGCAUUUUUUCCCAUGUUUUCUCUCUGUUCAUGUUGGUUGUGAGGAACUGGGUUGUGUAAUUUUAUUGGGUUUUCUUGUUUUCUGAGAUCGGAAAUCGGAAAAGGGAUUUCUUUUUUUUUUUUUUGUUGGGGAAUUGGGGUUGAAGCUAAUUUAGGUGUGGUGGGCGGAGAUGGAGUCAUCACUGGGUAAUUCAGAAAUGUAUGGAAGAAUUAAUAACAGUACGAGGAGAUUUGGAAUUCAAAUUCCUGAGUCGAAUUUCAUAAGGGCGCCAUUGACUGCAUUUUUGGAGCAUACGGGUAUAUUUGGAGGUGGAGGGAGCUCUGUUUCUCAGGCAACACGUGGUUUGGUUGGGAGCCGGCACUCUCUGAUUCGUAACUCUCUUCAGGAGGAGGACGACGAAGACGACGAAUACGAUGUCGUUCCGGGGGAUGGUGGUGAAGAUGAGGAAGAUGAGGUUUCUAUUAGGAUCAUUGGAGCAACCGAGAAUCAGCAUGAACUUCCCACCGUUGAUGGAGCUAAUGUCGUUUUACGCAGUGGAAACGACAAUGCAGGACCCAGUUCAGGGAGCGAAGAUAGCGAGGGCAACGCCGAGUCUGGAGCUGGAGCUGGAGCCACGAGUAAUAGCAGAGACUCUUCUCCUUAUCAGAGAUAUGAUAUUCAACACUUUGCUAGGUGGUUUGAGCAGAUUCUCCCUUUUACUUUGCUACUUCUUCUUGUCUUCAUUAGACAACAUUAUCAAGGUUUUUCAAUUACUAUUUGGAUUGCCGCAGUUAUGUUCAAAUCGAAUGAUAUUGUGCGAAAACAAACGGCUCUAAAGGGGGAGAGAAAGAUUCCUAUUCUUGUGUGCAUAAGUUCAGUGUUCAUGCUUCAUGUGAUCUGUUUUUACUGGUGGUACCGAAAGGAUGACCUUCUGUACCCUUUGGCAUUAAUUCCUCCUAAAGUGGUACCCCCUUUCUGGCAUGCCGUAUUCAUCAUCAUGAUAAAUGAUAUUAUGGUCCGGCAGGCUGCAAUGGCCCUGAAAUGUAUGCUUUUGGUGUUUUUCAGAGAUAGUAGAGGUCGUGACUACCGCAAGCAGGGUCAAAUGCUAACUCUUGUUGAGUACCUGUUGCUGCUGUACCGAGCAUUGUUGCCUACUCCUGUUUGGUACCGAUUUUUCUUAAACAAAGAAUAUGGAAGCUUUUUUUCUUCGCUAACUACCGGAUUAUAUUUAACCUUCAAGCUCACAUCGGUUGUGGAGAAGGUUCAGUGCUUUUUUGUCGCAUUGAGAGCCCUAUCCCGUAAGGAAGUGCACUACGGAUCAUAUGCUACAUCCGAACAGGUGAGCGCUGCGGGAGAUCUCUGUGCAAUUUGCCAGGAGAAGAUGCAUGCUCCUAUACUUCUUCGUUGUAAACACAUAUUCUGUGAGGAUUGUGUAUCAGAAUGGUUUGAGCGCGAAAGAACUUGUCCAUUAUGCAGAGCCUUGGUGAAACCAGCGGGAAUCAAAUCGUACGGGGAUGGAGCAACUAGUUUGUACUUCCAGCUAUUUUAAGACACACCAACCAUCAUUGAUGGAAACUUGAGCUUCUUUGAGAAUCACAAAAGGGUCUCAUGUGUUGCAAGUAAAUGGAUUCAUACUACCUAUGAAAAUUCGAAAUUCGCUGUCCAAUGAAUUCGGAAUAGAAUGUUUGGACUUAGAUGAACUUAAAAUCACCCCUUACCAGCAUGGUUUUUCAAUCCACUGUAGAUAGCCUCUACAUGUAAAAAUGGAAGAGGUUUAUAUUUACUUGUGAAAUGCACACAUAUAAUAAUAAUAUAUACAUGAAAUAUACACAUAUGUAGAUAACAAAUAAAGGAAUAUUUCGACAUAAAAACUGAGAUAUGUUACCGUAACUGAGUUGACAUCAUUAUUGAUCAUUUGAUUUAUUGUUUUUAAUGUCCUUGAUUUGGUAA